GUACGUUUGAGUCAGUGACAACACACGUUGAAAAUUAUACACAAAAAUUUAUUCGGUCGCUGGUCGUAUUCAAGAAAAGUUGAUAAUUUCAUUUGUCUGAAAUAAAUUUUAUUUUUUCUUUUGUUUUUUGUGCUGUCAACUGUUUGUUAAUUCGAAACCAAAAUGCGCGAAAUUGUACACAUCCAGGCGGGCCAGUGCGGCAACCAGAUUGGGGGAAAGUUCUGGGAGGUGAUCUCGGACGAGCACUGCAUCGACGCUACUGGCACGUACUACGGCGACAGUGAUUUGCAGCUAGAGCGAAUCAAUGUGUACUACAACGAGGCCACAGGAGCGAAGUAUGUGCCGCGAGCCAUUCUGGUGGAUCUGGAGCCCGGCACCAUGGACUCGGUGCGCUCAGGGGCAUUUGGCCAGAUCUUCCGCCCCGACAACUUUGUCUUUGGGCAGUCUGGGGCGGGCAACAACUGGGCCAAGGGACACUACACGGAAGGAGCUGAGCUGGUGGACUCGGUGCUGGAUGUGGUGCGCAAGGAGUCUGAGGGCUGUGACUGUCUGCAGGGUUUCCAGCUGACUCACUCGCUGGGUGGAGGCACCGGCUCCGGCAUGGGUACGCUGCUGAUCUCCAAGAUUCGCGAGGAGUAUCCCGACCGUAUCAUGAACACCUUCUCGGUGGUGCCAUCGCCCAAAGUGUCCGACACUGUGGUGGAGCCCUACAAUGCCACCCUAAGUGUGCAUCAGCUUGUGGAGAACACCGAUGAGACGUACUGCAUCGACAACGAGGCGCUGUACGACAUCUGCUUUCGCACAUUGAAGCUGACGACCCCCACUUAUGGAGAUCUGAACCACUUGGUGUCGGCCACCAUGUCCGGGGUGACUACAUGUCUUCGUUUUCCCGGCCAGCUGAAUGCCGAUCUGCGCAAGCUGGCAGUGAACAUGGUGCCGUUCCCCCGACUGCACUUCUUCAUGCCGGGCUUUGCUCCGUUGACCUCGAGAGGAUCGCAACAGUACCGCGCCCUCACCGUGCCAGAGCUCACACAGCAAAUGUUCGAUGCUAAGAACAUGAUGGCCGCCUGCGAUCCGCGUCACGGUCGCUACCUGACAGUGGCCGCCAUCUUCCGCGGUCGCAUGUCCAUGAAGGAGGUGGACGAGCAGAUGCUGAAUAUACAGAACAAGAACAGCAGCUUCUUCGUCGAGUGGAUACCCAAUAACUGCAAGACGGCAGUGUGCGAUAUACCGCCUCGAGGUCUCAAGAUGUCUGCCACAUUCAUUGGCAACUCAACGGCCAUCCAGGAGCUGUUCAAGCGCGUCUCCGAGCAGUUCACAGCCAUGUUCCGGCGCAAGGCCUUCUUGCAUUGGUACACUGGCGAGGGCAUGGAUGAAAUGGAGUUCACCGAAGCGGAGAGCAACAUGAACGAUCUGGUGUCGGAGUACCAGCAGUACCAGGAGGCUACUGCUGACGAAGAGGGCGAGUUCGACGAAGACGAGGAGGGUGGCGGCGAUGAAUAAGUCCGCUUCAAUCACACACUUUGCACUCACCUCCGGAAUUUACACAUAAUCAUAUCAAUCAAUCAAUUCACACACAUAUCAUAUCGAUCAAUCAAUUCGAAUGCAACACAAAUGACUUGCUGCUCUUGUUGCACACUUGAUGCCUCGCCAGAUUGUACACUAAAAUGUUACACAAGCGCUACUCUGGUUGGGUCUAACCAUCACACCUCACACUUUACACCUCACACCUACUCAAGCCCAAAAACAUUCUCUCUUCUUUUAUUAUACAUUGACUCUGCUUCAGACACUUACUCUUAUAUUCAACA